CGCUUCUCGUCAGCAACCAGCACUCGCAGCCCGGAAGGCGACCCUGAGCCAUCAGCCAUGCCGCCGCCGCAAAAGAAUCGCAGCCACGUUCCUGCGACGGCCGGGCACAGCCGGACGCCCCCGCGCCAGCCUGGACGGCGGAUGGCAAGCCGGGACGCGGGGGAGCGCGCGGCGUUCUUCGCGCGGCGCGAGGCGGCCACGGUGCUCCGGCGCGUGCUCCGCGGGGAUGCGUCCAGACGCGCCGGGGGAUCCAUCAAGUCCCUCGUCUACUCCCCCUCCGUGCGCAACAAGCGCGCUACCUUCGCCCUUGUCUGCCAGACCCUCAAGUAUCUCCCAAUUCUUAAGGAGGUUUUAGCAGCAAGUGGCAUACUAACCAGCAAAUGGAAGAAACAGGAGGAAUUAGUUUAUGUGACUGCCUAUGACAUCCUCUUUGGCCAGGAAACCGCAGUUUCUGGAUCUGUUGAGCAGUUAAUUAUGCUACAUAAAGAUACUCUUAUGACAGCUCUCAAGAAAAUUUGUGUUAGAAAGAAGGUCAGUAGCAUCCAGGAAUUGUUAGGCAAUAAAACUACAGUCAAGCCGAAGCCCAGGUUUCUUCGUGUAAACACACUUAAGGCCACUACAGAAUCUGUAAUUGAAGAACUCAGCAAAAUACACAUGAUUGAUAAAGACGAUGUGGUUCCAGACAUGUUGGUGCUCCCGCCUGGAACUGAUUUGCAUAACCAUCCUUUGGUCAAAGAUGGGAAGGUUUUUUUACAGGGGAAAGCAAGUUCUAUGGUGGCAAUUGCACUGUGCCCUAAGCCAGGUUGGAAGGUUAUUGAUGCAUGUGCGGCUCCAGGGAACAAAACGGUUCACCUUGCUGCACUCAUGAAUGGAGAAGGGAGUAUUGUGGCCUGCGAACUUAACAAAGAGAGGGUCAAGACCUUGCAGCAUACUAUCAGAAGAUCUGGAGCAGACAAUAUUGAAACAGUUAAUGGUGACUUUUUGGAUAUAGAUAGCAAUGAUCCGUCAUAUGCUGAGGUCCGUGCUAUUCUAUUAGAUCCCUCUUGCUCUGGUUCUGGAAUCUCUACAGAGAGACUCGACCACUUGCUUCCUUCACAUUCGAGCGAUGAUCAGGAUGAUGCAGGUUCAAGCGCAAGGAUUAGGAAACUAUCCGCUUUUCAGCGGAAAGUUCUCUCGCAUGCUUUAUCAUUUCCCUCGGUGGAGAGACUGGUCUACAGCACCUGUUCAAUACACCAGGCAGAGAAUGAGGACGUUGUGAACUCUGUUCUGCCUCUUGCCUCAUCACUUGGAUUUGAGCUCGCCACUCCAUUCCCUCAAUGGCACCGCCGUGGUCUUCCGGUCUUCGACGGAGCUGAGCAUUUGCUUCGAACGGACCCUGAGGAUGACCUGGAGGGAUUCUUCAUAGCAUUGUUUGUGAGGAAAACAGCAACUGAAGAUGCUUUGGAGCCUAGCAAAGAUGGCGCGUGGGGAGUGAAAAGGAAACGGGUUUGUAGAAGAGGAAACGGGCUCAGGGCGUUCAGCUCCUUGAGAUUGUCCAGGAUGGACGUACUCUGCUCCAUCUGGCGUCUCUAGAUAAGAUUUUUCUUACAAAGAUGUCUCUAGAGAAGGCUGGAUUAUAAAAAGGCCAUGGUGCAUUUCGUGUAGCAUUCACAUCAAGCAAAGGCAUUCGAAUGGUUGGCACAAACCUGUGACUGUGUUACUACUCUGGCAAACGCAAACACGACACCUUACCUUUUACUUCAGCAAAGGACAAGGAAAACGUCUACUCACAGUUUAAGUGCUAAUUUUGAAAUUCAAAUAUUUUAACUCCCAUAUCGUAGAAUCGUUUCAACUGUGUUGUUUGUCUCGAUGAAAUUUGAUCUCACAAUGACAAGUUAUUAAGCAUGUCUUGAUACAAAAAUCGUAUCACAGCUACAAAAAUCGACGAAUGGAAUGUAAAAUGCCCUAGAUAACAAA